AUGUUCUCACGAAGAAGUCGAGACAUAAAGUCAGAACAGACAUCACAACAACAAACCCACCACACGACAACGAAGUCAUCCUUCAAAUUAAAGAAAUUUCAUUUUCCACUCUUCAACAAUACGGCAAAGACUGCCCCAGCAAAAGAUUCAACUCUUCAGAAUGCUCACGUAGCUGCACCAACAAAAACCACUACACCAUCCACAACUCCUGUCACACUGUCAAAGAAGAGUCUUAGCAUAAGUAGACAGACUAUUGUCCAUCGCACCGAUAAUGGUUGUAGGCGAAACACAAUCUGGUCCGAUACUGUUGACAUCGAUCUCGUCUCAAACUUAUCACCCAAGGAGCUUAACCGACAAGAAGUUCUCUUUGAAAUUAUCAAAACGGAGCAUGAAUAUGUCCGUGACUUACGCCUGAUCGAAGAAUACUUUAUUCAACCAAUAAAGAAGGCCGAAACAAAAUCCAACAAGAUUGUGGUCCCAGAAAAUCUAAACAAAGUUUUCAACUCAAUCUCAUACUUCCUGUUCAUCCACGAAGUCAUCAGCAAUUGCUUGAAUGAGCGUCAAGAAGAUCAAUCACCAUUGGUACGAAGCAUCUCUGAUAUCCUCCUGGCCUACGUGUGGGUAUUCCGUGCCUAUGCUCCUUACCUAAUUCACUAUGAGGAAGCCCUCAGGGAAUUGGACGAAUGCAUCCGAAAGAAGGACAAGCUUGGCCGUCUCGUUAGGAAACAACAAAAGUUGGCAUCCUUCCGAAACAUGCCUCUGUCCACCUACCUUCUCAAACCAUUCCAGCGUCUGCUCAAGUAUCCUCUUCUCAUCUCCAAUCUACUAAAGUAUACCGAUAAGGAAGGUUUCGACUACGAAAACACGGUAUCCCUAAAGACAAAACUUGACGAUGUUCUCAAUGACGUCGACGAACAGAAGCGUACUUAUGAUAACAUGGAACGUCUUCGCGAAUUAGAGACCAGAAUUCACGGUCUUGGUCAUUUCCGCUUGGCCGUAAACAACAGACAACUUCUUAGGGAAAGCCCUGCCUGUCAGAAUUCCUUGUCCUUAAAGAAACAACCUUCUUUGCGAAAGUCUUUGACCGUCAUGUCGGACCCCUCGCAAACUUCAUCAAACAGACGUCAUUCAGUACGAAAUCUUUACACGCUUGAGUGUAAUGACAUCGUACUUUUGGCCGAACGCACAGGAAUGACCAAGGAAGGUCAACCCACUUACAAGUUGGUCUCCCGUCCUCCACCAGCUCCUUUGGAUGAUGAACCCGUUCUGAUUCAAAAGUCGGAUGUUUUUGAGUAG